AUGGCACCUCCUAAGGUCUUUGUGACCGGGGCUACUGGAUACAUCGGGGGAGAUGCCUUCUUCCGUCUCAAUGAAGCCCAUCCGGAUUGGGAGUUCACUGCCCUCGUCCGCAAUCAGGAGAAAGGCGCGUUGGUUACUAGCAAAUAUCCGAAGACCAAACUUGUGUACGGGGAUCUUGAUUCCGCUACGAUUCUUGAAGAAGAGGCACGAAAGGCAGAUAUCAUCUACCACUUUGCAGACUGUGAUCAUGUUGCUUCGUCACAAGCCAUUGCAAAGGGCAUAGCUGCCCAUACAUCCGAUCGCCCAGGCUACUGGAUCCACACUUCGGGAACGGGUAUUCUCACAUUCGAGGAUUUAGGCAAUUCGACCUACGGAGAUCUUCGUCCGAAAGAAUACGAUGACUGGGACGGUAUUGGUGAUGUGACGUCUCUUCCCGACGAAGCUUUUCAUCGAGACGUCGACAAGAUCGUCUUGGGAGUCGGCGAGGCUGCUGCCGAUAGGGUGAAGACAGCCAUUGUUUGCCCACCCACUAUAUAUGGCCCCGGGCGAGGGCCGGGAAAUACUCGAAGUGCUCAAAUAUAUAAUCUGGCAAAAUAUGUUCUUAAGAGAAAGAAGGGGCUUCAAGUAGGCAAAGGCGAGAAUGUCUGGCACCAGAUCCAUGUUCAUGAUUUGAGUGAUCUAUUCCUCCUCCUUGGCGAGGCUGCGGCUGCUGGCGGCGGGAAAGCGACUUGGGGAAAGGAAGGGUAUUAUUUUGUAGAAAAUGGGUCGUUCGUUUGGGGCGAUGUGGAGAAGGCAGUAGCGAAGAUUGCUUUUGAGAAAGGAUUCAUCGCCUCCCCAGAGGUGGAAAUUCUGGAUGGCAAGCAAACAGCAGAUUUAUUUGCAUUCGGGCCUUUCUCAUGGGGAACUAAUUCGAGAGCACAUGCGAUUCGUGCGAGGAAACUUCUUGGUUGGAAUCCGCAUCGACCAAAUGCCCGUGAACUUCUACCCGAUAUUGUCACUCUUGAAGCGAAAGCUCUAGGUCUUGCUUGA